AUGAGUCGCCUUCAAAGGGAGGCUUGCCGCGUCCACGGAUACCAAACAUGCGGUUUAGCCGUCUCGCAAGCUCUUGACAGUACGGGCUCCUGCAUCACAUCCGACUCGGACUUCGGCCGCCAUCCACUCUCCUCAACUAUUCCGCGGGCUUGGGAGUUUGAGCGAGAAUGUCCUGUGGACGAGGCCAAGACGAACUUUUACUUCCUAAGCGACGGUCUCGCGCGCGGACGAGAUCUUCGUUGGGAGAUCUUCAUUGCCUUCCGCUACUCGGUCCCUGGCGAAGGAUCGCUCGGCCAGUCUACUGCCAAGAGCCUCGCACGUGCACAUGGCAAGACGAUCGUCUUGAACAAGGACUGUGCCGGGGAAGAAGUCGAGGCUACUACUGGGAAAGACGACACCCCCGUGCACCGCCGCCACUCAGCCGGACUCAGCCGGAGCGGUGUGUUCAUCGCCAUCGGCGCCGUCCGCCGCAAGAUGCAGAAGCGCAAGGAGGACUAG